CAUGCGGUGUUGGCGCGCCGAAGGCGUUCAAGGUUGAAUUCCGCGACGCGGAAGCACCGAGGGAUACGGUGAUGCCAUUGGACCCGACGGCAUCCAGCCUUGAACGAUCGGGGCCGCGAUCGAUUCUAGGCUGAACGAUCGACGCGGCAACAAAAACUUCUGCGCGUGCCGACGCCGCACGAGCCGACCGCAUCUUUGAGCCUCCGAAGGUCCUGGGUUCGGUGCGUUUUUGUUACUUGUUUCCUCCGGGUAUCGUUUUCGGGCCCAGGGACCGUCACGAACGGAUCCAGGGUGAACAACUGCACAAGAUGGACCUUGGGCCUCAUUCUGUCCUUCUUCUGACCGAUUCUCUGGGGUCCCAGCCAGUUCAAACCCCCAGCCGCUUCCAAGCCGAAGGUUCUUCUUCGAGCGCUUCAUGAACCACGACCGCGCCAUGAGGCUCACCGUGCGCGAGGAGGCGGAGAUCGAGGGCAAGGUGCAGACCCUGCACGACAAGCACGCCUUCGAGAUCAUCGAGCUACAGUUCCUGUACGACGCCCUCAAGCAGGUCCGGACCUGCCGCCGCGUGCUGAAGUGGAGCUACGUCUACGGGUACUACCUGGAAGAGGCAGGGCCAGAGAAGAAUUUGUUCGAGCACGUGCGAGGGAUCCGCGAGGAGCAGACGGACCACCUCCUGAGCAGCUCAGAAGGACUCGACAAACAGUUCUUCGAGACCGCGCUCACCUCACGCAGGAGGAGGCAAAGGUCCGCUUCAUGCAGUUCAGGAGCCACGUUACCAACUACACGAAUGUCACCCAGAAGUUCUGCGAGCGUAUCCUGACCGACCUCGGCGCGGGCGGCAAGGGGCAGCUUACUGGCGUGACGCCGCCAUCCUCGAUUGGGUGGAGGCCCGAUGCCACGUCCAUCGCGGCGCCGACUAGGCUGUUAGCACCCGUAGCUCGUAACCAGAAUGGGGUCCGCCGGGGUUGAAAAAAGCUAGGCA